GCCAGCGAGCGAGCGAGCGAGCGAGCGAGCGAGCGAACGCCCCGCGCGGAGCACACGCUCGCGCCCCCCUGCUCCCCUCCUCGCGGUUCAUGACCGCGCGCCCCCACCGACCUACCGCUGCCUCCGCCAGCCCCGCAGCCUGCGCCCCGCGGCAAGCAAGGCAGAAAGAGCGGCCCGGCGCUGCGCCCCGCCGAGCCCGCGAGCCCUGCCCGCAGCCGGCUGCCGCCCCGCCUGGCACCAUGCUGCCCCCGCGCUGCGCCCGCCUGCUCACGCCCCACUUGCUGCUCGUGCUGGUGCAGCUGCCCCCAGCCCGCGGCCACCGCACCACGGGCCCCCGGUUUCUCAUAAGCGACCGUGACCCUCAGUGCAACCUUCAUUGCUCCAGAACUCAACCCAAACCCAUCUGUGCCUCUGAUGGCCGGUCCUACGAGUCCAUGUGUGAGUACCAGCGAGCCAAGUGCCGAGAGCCGACCCUGGGUGUGGUUCACCGUGGUCGUUGCAAAGAUGCUGGCCAGAGCAAGUGUCGGCUGGAGCGGGCUCAGGCCCUCGAGCAAGCCAAGAAGCCCCAGGAGGCGGUGUUUGUGCCCGAGUGUAGCGAGGAUGGCUCCUUUACCCAGGUGCAGUGUCACACUUACACGGGUUACUGCUGGUGCGUCACCCCCGAUGGGAAGCCCAUCAGUGGCUCUUCUGUGCAGAACAAAACUCCUGUAUGUUCAGGUUCUGUCACGGACAAGCCCCUGAGCCAGGGGAACUCAGGAAGGAAAGUUUCUUUUCGAUUCUUUUUAACCCUCAAUUCAGAUGACGGGUCUAAGCCGACACCCACAGUGGAGACUCAGCCGGUGUUUGACGGAGAUGAAAUCACAGCUCCUACUCUAUGGAUCAAACACUUGGUAAUCAAGGACUCCAAACUGAACAGCACCAAUGUAAGAAGCUCAGAGAAAGUCUACUCGUGUGACCAGGAGCGGCAGAGUGCCCUGGAAGAGGCCCGGCAGAACCCUCGCGAGGGUAUCGUGAUUCCCGAGUGCGCCCCUGGGGGGCUGUAUAAGCCAGUCCAGUGCCACCAGUCCACCGGCUACUGUUGGUGUGUGCUGGUGGACACUGGGCGCCCACUGCCCGGGACCUCCACACGCUACGUGAUGCCUAGUUGUGAGAGCGACGCCAGGGCCAAGAGUACAGAGGUGGACGACCCCUUCAAGGACAGGGAGCUGCCAGGUUGUCCAGAAGGGAAGAAGAUGGAGUUUAUCACCAGCCUCCUGGAUGCCCUCACCACAGACAUGGUGCAGGCCAUUAACUCAGCAGCGCCCACUGGAGGUGGGAGGUUCUCGGAGCCGGACCCCAGCCACACCCUGGAGGAGCGCGUGGUGCACUGGUACUUCAGCCAGCUGGACAGCAACGGCAGCAGCGACAUCAACAAGCGGGAGAUGAAGCCCUUCAAGCGCUACGUGAAGAAGAAAGCCAAGCCCAAGAAAUGCGCCCGGCGCUUCGCCGACUACUGCGACCUGAACAAGGACAAGGUGAUCUCACUGCCCGAGCUGAAGGGAUGCCUGGGCGUCAGCAAAGACGGUGGCAGUCUGGGCAGCUUCCCCCAGGGCAAACGCGCAGGCACAAACCCGUUCAUAGGACGCCUCGUCUAAAGCGCAGAAGACCCCAGGGCAGGUGGCCAGUGCAGGGGACAAUGGCUCAUCCGACGCCCACCCCCUCCCCCCCACCACCGCCAGCGUCGCCUCCGGCCAGCCACAGCCCAGGCCGCUUCAGCCAGUCCAGUGGGUUUGCACUUUGAGCAAUUUCGUACGGCACCUUUCCUUACGGGUCCCAACAUCAACCCCCCUCUCGAAGGCCACGGCAAGGAAAGGAACGGGAAGAAGGACUUGGUUCUCUCUCUUAUUGUAAGGUUUUGGAUCUGCUACUGACGACUUUUAGGUUGGGUUUUUGUUUUAUUUUGUUGUUCUCUGUUUGUUUUUUCGUUGGAGGGGGGAGGGUGUUGUUGGGACUGAGAUGAAAGAGAUUUAUAUGCUGUAUAUAAAUAUAUAUGUAAAGUGUAUAGUUCUUUUGUA